UGCUCCGUGGACACUGACCUCAUGGCUAUCCCAAACAAUGUUACAGAAUUUGUUCUAUUGGGACCGACCCAGGAUCCAGAGAAGCAGAAGGUCAUCUUUGCUGUUUUCUUGAUAUUUUACUUGGCUACCCUGUUUGGAAACUUCCUCAUUGUGGUGACCAUCAAGACUAGCCCGACUCUUGAAUCCCCUAUGUAUUAUUUCCUGACCUAUUUGUCAUUUUCAGAUGCCUGUCUAUUCUCUAGCAUGGCCCCCAAACUGAUUGUAGACUCUCUUUCAGACAAGAAGGCCAUCACUUUUGGGGGCUGCAUAACACAACUCUUUGCAGUUUAUUUCUUUGGCUGCAUGGGAAUCCUGUUCCUCAUUCUGAUGGCCUAUGACUGGUACAUGGCCAUCUGCAAGCCCCUCCUCUACACCACCAUCAUGAAUCAGCAUCUGUGUGGCAUUCUGGUGGACUUAGUCUGGGUAGGGGCUUUCUUGCAUUCUUCCUCCCAGCUUUUCCUUACCCUGAUCCUAUCAUUCUGUGGUCCCAAUGUGAUCAAUCAUUAUUUCUGUGAUGUGCAACACUUGAUGAAACUCGCCUGCUCUGACACUCACUUGGUGAACCUGCUGUUCAUUUCCAACAGUGCGGUCAUCUGUACCUCGUGUUUUGUAGUGCUUAUGGCAUCCUAUGUGGUCAUCUUGUACUCUCUGAGGUCUAAGGGGGUUGAAGGAAGACAUAAAGCCCUCUCCACCUGCAGCUCCCACAUUCUUGUGGCCACCUUAUGCUUUGGUCCCUGUAUAUUCAUAUACACCCAGCCCCAGACCACCUUCUCUGUGGAUAAAUAUGUGUUAGUCUUUUAUACGAUCGUUACUUCCUUGUUAAACUCUUUGAUCUACACUCUGAGGACUGCAGAGGUGAAAACUGAGAUGGGAAAGUUAUGGAGCCGAAAAUUGAUUCCUGGGGAGUUAUUAGGAAGAUUUUGA